UUAAAAUAAUGUGGGAAGUAAUCUGCUUCGUGUUCUCCAAAUUACUGUUCUUCUACCUAGUCUAUUGGAUCUGGUCAUUGCUGUUCUUCAUCAUGCCAGUUUUUCAUAUCAGAAACUCGUUUAAACCUGGAAUUAAGAGAGUAGCAGGAAUCUGGACAAUUGCACAUAGAGGAGGCCCAAGAGAAGGCUUAGAGAAUACUAUUCCUACUUUUAAGAAAGCACUAGAUAAUGGAAUACAAGUCUUAGAGAUGGAUAUCAGACUUACUAAAGAUAAGAGACCUGUUGUCUGACAUGAUGAAAAUUUGCAAAGGCUUUGCGGAGUCGAUAAAAAAAUUCAAGAUUUUACAUACUCACAGUUGCCUAAACUGCAAGAAAAAGUUGAGAUUCACUUCUCAUCUCUGACAUAUCAAACUACUGAGGAAGAUGACAGGCAGAUUCCUCUUCUAGAAGAUGUCAUGAAAGCAUUCCCUAAUACUCCUUUUAACAUGGAACUCAAGGUAAAUGACCAGGAGUUGAAAGUAGAAGUUCUUAAGCUAAUCCGUAAAUAUAAAAGAGAGCAGUUAACAAUAUGGGGUAGUGUGGAUGAGCAGCAUUGCCUGACUUGUCGUGCAAUGGCGCCAGAAAUCCCUACAUUUACUCCUGCAGCAGUUGUCAAGAAAAUCUUCUUCUACUUCUUCUUGGGAUUUCUUCCGUUCUAUAACAUCCCGUACGAUACCUUCCAGUUCCCGUUCCCUAAUCAAGAGUACAUCAACUACACCAAGAAGUAUGUCGGAACCUCUCCGUAUCACAAGUUAUACCUCCUCAUCCUCCAGAUCUACAACGCAUUGGGUCUAUUCAUCUUCUUCCACCUAAGAAGAAGAGGUAUCUACGUGUUCUAUUACUCAUUAAACAAAGUUCAAGAUAUGGACACUGCAACUGGCAAAUAUGUUGACGGAAUCAUUACAGAUAGCCCUUCUGUCCUCGUGGAUUACGCUAAUAAAAAAGACGACUAAAAAUUCUAUUAGGCAA